UAUUCGGUUGCUACGAUUCACGUUUGCAUUGUCUUAAGCGGUCUAGUCCCAAUUGAUACUGGGUGCUGUGGACUGAAAACUGUUGAUAAAAGAUUAACGCGACAGUAUCAUUUGAUCCUCCGAGAGAAAAACAUCUCUGCAUCAAGGACUUGGUAGAUACACAGUGUCAGCCAGAGUCAAUGUGCAGAGGAGUGGUGUGUACCUAAUUGAAUCAAUUCAACGAACGCUUUCCGUUGGUGAUUUCGCUAUUAAGUGUUUGUGAUCAGUGAAGAAUUUACAUACGCUUGCUUUUGGUGAUGUUGACUUCAGAGUUCGAUAUACGGUGACUGUGUAUUGAAAUACAGGAUUUCAGAAUGUUCAGAUCUGCCAUAAAUCCUUUGCUCUUGCUUGUGCUGACUACACACACUUAUGCCAAGGAGAUGACAGAAAUUGAGAUGUUGGCAUCGAGACCUACACGUUGCACCUACGAAUAUGCCUUCGAGAUGUAUGGAGCUCACUGCGGUGGUUUAAGACUAUCAAAAAUACCAAGCCUCAAGGGUGGUAUUGAGAUCCUUGACUUCAGCGACAAUAAGCUGCAAGAAAUACACGCCGACACCCUGUCUUCGUAUUCCAGCAUAAAGUUCCUAUACUUGUCCGAAAAUACAAUAUAUUCCAUCCACAAAGACGCUUUCGCGUAUCUCACUAAUCUUCAGACUCUAGAUCUCUCUAAAAAUGUGAUUCUCCAGUUGACAGACUCUAUAUUUCAAUUGCCGUCUCUACGAAAGUUAUACCUUAACGGGAAUCCGUUGUUGCAUUUAAGUUUAGGCGGUAUGGAAAUUAACAAACCGAUCAAAGCACCUCUAGAGCUACUAGAUUUGUCUGACUGCAAGAUAAAGAUUUUACCAGACUUCGGUAUUCUUCCGCAAAUGGUAUUAUACAAUAUCUCUCACAAUCCCCUUGUAAAGCUAGAUGCAACGUCCUUCAGCUCUAUGUGUAAGCUGACAAAAGUUGACUUAACUGAGUCCAUUGAGCAUAUUAAGCUCUGCGAUUUGAAAGUCAGCAUAAUGUGGUUCCAAGAACGAAAGGUCUCCUUUCAACUGGCCGAUUACACGCAGCUAAAUUCUAAAGAAUUUCAAAACUGUCCGGAGUCUAAUAAACCCGACAAUCUCAACGCUAGUUACCACAUCUGCCAAAAUGCAUAUACCGAGAUUCAGAGCGUGACGUCAUAUCGUCGAACGUGGCUGACUAUCGCAGGCGGCCUCUUUGGUUUCCUCGUCGGUUUUGUGCUGCUGCUCUACAUAAUGCACCGGCAUAACGUAGCGCAGACGAAAAAAACUACCAAAGCAAUUAACACGGCGCCGCCUUCCGUUGAAGACAGGAAUGCAACUGCCAUUUUAUUAAAUAACGCGGCAUAGCUUUAAAUAUAUUUUAAUGUAUAUUGGUAUACUAUUGUCUAUUAUCCAUGUUCUCGGACCGAACAGCGUCCGUAUAGCACUAAGAAAUAUGUAAAUCGAGAGCCCAUCGUUAGAUAAUCUUUAACAAUAUAAGUUAUAUUUUUGUAAUAUUUACAAAUAUUUUUUGAGAACUACUUAUAGUUAUGGAAAUAAGUAGAAGAAGAUGAUGCUAAUUCGGUUUCACAAUAAUCCUAAAUAAAACUAAAAGGAAAAAUGAAUAGCACUCAUUUAUAAUAUUGCCCUUAGUGUAGGUUUCAAGUAAAAAUGAAAUAAUUGUUUUUAAUGAUGUAGGUACGUAAACUUAGUUAAGGAAUCCACUAAAAUUUUAAGCUAUACAAAGGCUGAUUAGAAUUACUAAUUUUACAGUAACUUAUUGCCUACCUAUGUCACGUUCAAAUGACGCUGAUCCUUAACCUACAAAUAAUUUGUAAGUACCUAAAUAAGACGGUACCUAGUAGGUAAUACUUUAAGUUUAAAGCGAACCCUUGAUUUUCAUUUUACGAAAUAUAAACGAAGUAAGUGUUCAUAAAUCGAUUUGCUUUGCUUUUUAAUAAUAGAUAAUAACGAACGUUGUCUUUUCGGAAAACUAAUGCCCACGUACUAUAAACAUUAAUACGGUGGACUCUCAUUGUAUCUAUCUGCAAAAUCUUCUGUAGUCAAGUCUUGAACCAGACUUCGACGGGUAGGCUUCCGCUAGGUUACGUCUGUAACCGCAGACUACGCAGGUCUAACCAAAGAAAAAAAAACUUAAAUGCAAAUCAUAGGCUCCUAUAAAUCAUUCUAACAUGCUGUGACCUAACGCGCCGUAGUCUAACAAGAAUCCUACAAAGUAGUUAGCCAAGUAUUCUUUUGUUUUAACCAUAUUACCACGAUGUUUAGUUUAUUUAGUAAAAGAUAACUAUAUCUACUAAUAAUCAGCAAUAUUAAAACGCUUGGUUAGGUAGAUAACUAUACCUCGGAACUUAAAAGUCGGGUUUUAAGGCGGGAACGAGUCAUGACCCGUUCAAGAGACACGGAUCCUAAACAUCACGAGCACACCUUAUGGCAUCCAUGCUUCGAACGAGGCUCUGUUGUACCCAGCGCUUACAAUAAUGUCUCUUACAGAGCAAGGCUCGUUACCGCCACGGUCUAUUAAUAAACAAUCUUAAUUUAGUUUGCACUCCGUCAUAAUUUUAAUUAUUAAAUACAUUAAAAUGCGUAUAGUAAGCGUUCACAAUUCGGGGUUAACAAAAUUUUGAUGGUCAUAAUUUGAUAAUACUUUUAUUGCUUCCAUGUUAAGGUGGUCAUGAAAUUACGAUAUCAGCGUUUUUAACCUUUACCUGUUCAUUAGCCUGAGUGCAUUAUUAAGAAGUAUGUAACACCUGGGUAAGAUUAGAUACUAAUAACAAAUAGACUUUUGGCUAUAUGAAGAUAUAAACUAUAAUAAAAUUGACCAAAAUUUACCUAAAUACAAACCUAAAUCUAAACUUUAUCUGGCCAAUAUUAACCAAUCUUAUAAUAUAAUAAAAUAUUAUGACAAAUGCCGCAAUUAUUAAUUUAGCUUGAAUAUAGACUCAGAAUUAGUUAUUAUCAUCACAUAUAUUAUUGUCACAAAUUGUCUAUCGAACAAAAUUUAAAACACACUUAAAAAAUAAUUUUGUUAAAAACGACGCGUUGUUUUUAAGUUGCAGUUGCAAUAUUGUACGCAAUAUAUUGCCAAAGAUAUUGUUAUUAUUUCUUUAUUUAUGUUAAAAAUAAUCUAAGUACACAAUAUGUUUAGAUACAACUGUACUGAGAUGAGAGGUUCAACUAGCUACUGCACUGUGAUACGAAAUUUUUGAAGGAUUAAAUCUUUACAAUAUUAUUAACAGA